AUGGAGAUCGUCUUGAACAAGGAGUCACGCAGGAAAACGCCCGUGGCCGUUUCUUUGAAGGAGAACGAGCGUCUCUUCGGUGACAGCGCGCUGGGAAUGUCCAUAAGGACCCCCAAGGUGGCGUUCAGGUACUUCCAGGAUCUGCUGGGGAAGCGUAUCGAUAACCCCCACGUGGCGCUGUACCAGGCCCGAUUCCCAGAGCACGAACUGGCGAAGGAUGAGAAAAGGCAGACCGUUGUCUUCAAGCUGUCCCAAACAGUGCAGUAUUCCCCAGAGGAGAUGCUGGGGAUGGUGCUCAACUAUUCCCGCGGCCUGGCUGAGGAAUUCGCAGAGCAGCCCAUCAAGGACGCGGUGAUCACCGUUCCCGCCUACUUCAACCAGGCGGAGAGGAGGGCGGUUCUGCAGGCGGCGCGCAUGGCCGACCUGAAGGUGCUGCAGCUCAUCAACGACAACGCGGCCGUAGCGCUCAACUACGGGGUUUUUAGGAGGAAGGACAUCAACGCCACCGCGCAG